AGUCGUACAAUGAGAUGCUGGGGAGUAAAAUGAUCCACACGUUCUCAGCAUCUUCUCAUUCACGCAGUACUUAUAUUUUAUCAUUCAUUUGAUUUUACUCAUACUCUCAACUCCAGCUCUUUUUAUCCUUUUCCGUGCCAGUGAUUAUAGCGUGCUUUGCCAUAAAUAUUGUGUCAAAAUGGAUAUUCCCCACCUUUUUGAUGUUAAGGACAAAGUCGUCCUUGUCACCGGCGGAGCCAAGGGCAUUGGGCGGAUGAUAUCCGAAGGCUUCAUCCGCAACGGCGCCAAAGUCUACAUUUCCUCACGAGACGCCAAAGCAUGCGCCGAAGCCGUGGCUGAAUUGAACAAGAUUGGUCCAGGAAAGGCAGAGGCUAUUCCAGCAAAUUUCUACGAAGAGGAAGAAUGUAAAAGACUAGCAAAAGAAUUGGAAAAGCGAGAAUCAAAACUCCACAUUCUCGUCAACAACUCCGGCUCCAACUGGGGCGAAUCCUACUCCUCCUACCCUUCAUCCGCAUGGACGCGCGUUCUGACAUUGAACCUGCACCGCGUCUUCACCAUAACCCAGCUCCUCACGCCGCUCCUUGAAGCCGCCGCCUCUGAAAAUCCUCUUGAUCCCGCACGCAUCAUCAACAUUGGCAGCGUCGACGGACUGCGCGUGCCCGCGCUCGAGACUUUUGCGUAUAGCGCAUCCAAAGCCGGACUGCACCAUCUCAGUCGCGUUCUGGCCAAUCAUUUGGGUACUAGGAAUAUUACCUCCAACACAAUCGCCUGCGGCCCAUUCGAGUCCAAAAUGAUGGCCGCCACGCUGCAGCGCUUCCGGGAACAAAUCGAGGGCCAGAUCCCGCUCGGGCGGAUCGGCACGCCCGAGGACGUCGCAGGCACGUGUCUGUUCCUGUCGAGUCGUGCGGGCGCGUACGUGAAUGGGGCCACGAUUGCGCUGGAUGGCGGGAGUUUAGUUCGGGCCAGACUCUGACCUUUCAAAUACCAAUCUGCCUCUAUAUUGUUAUAUCUUUUCAUCCGUGAUGUUAGUGAAUUGUGCUGAAUUUGAGUAUCGGACUAAAUACAUGGUAUGCUUCUUCUACGGGCAAAGAAUACUAAGUUGGCAUACUCUGUAUUCUGGGUGAAAUGACAAUUGAAUAGAAAAUUCAUUACACUCCUGAUGCUUUGAUAAGAUCACAAUACGGAAAGACGGGGUUGAUGAUAAUGAGGUACACAUUCUAUUUUCUCUAGAGUAUAAAGUAUAGACCACACGAGCUAAAAUAGGCCACAGGGCCAGAGUUUGAGUUUCCGAUAAACGAGGAACUGUAUGCGGGUAUAUUACUUUUCUUUCUUGUAAACGUCCCAAGUUCCUAUACUUUUAGAGACAUGUUCCUUUUGAGCCUAGACCGAUAGAAUGCCUUCUAGACAUGC